AUGGUGGGGAUGCCAUUUGGCACGCGCUGUACUGCUGAUUUACCCAAAACUGACAGCCUGACAGGCUCGGUUUUCGAAGCCAACCCACUUUCACCUCCACCUCCCCACGACCCUCCUACACCUCCUUACACUACGGUUCUCCUCUUCCUCCUCAUACCCCUCUCCUGCCUGCUUUCCUGCCCGCCUGCCUUCCGGCCCCUUCGGACCGGGAAAAGUCAACCGCGCCUGACAGCUCUGACGGGUGUGACAUGCCGCGCGUGCACACGCGCCUUCUGCUGCACACACACGCAUGCACCAGCCCAAUGCUGCUGCUAUGGCUCCCGUUCUCGCUUUCGCUUUCUCACUUGCGCUCUCUUUCCAUCGGCAGCUUGA